AUGAUGGAUAUUAAAUUUAAUAUUACAUAUAUCACCCUGGAUGGGUACAUACAGGUACACAAAUACAGAUUUCUUUAUUUUGUGAUCAUGUUUACAGUAUAUAUUCUGAUACUGUGCUGUAAUUUCAUUGUUGUAUCGCUCAUUGUGACACAAAAGAGCCUUCAUGAGCCAAUGUAUGUUUUUAUUGCAGCUUUGUUACUGAACUCUGUUUUGUUCAGCACUGUAGUUUACCCAAAGCUUUUGAUUGAUAUUUUAUCUGAGAGGCAGAUCAUAUCCUAUUCGAGUUGUUUCUUGCAACAUUUUCUGUACUACUCUUUAGGCAGUUCUGAAUUUUUACUGUUGACAGCCAUGGCCUAUGACCGGUAUGUAUCUAUAUGUAAGCCAUUACAAUAUCCAACUAUAAUGGAAAGAAGAACAAUAAGUAUUCUGUUGGUUUUUGCUUGGAUAACACCUGCCUUUCAUCUCUUUGUGUCAUUAUUGGCUGUACGAAUGUUAAAUGAAAAUCCAUGUAGUUAUUCUCUGAAUGGUAUCUUUUGUAACAGUCCACUUUACCAUCUGCUGUGUGUGCGCUUAGAAGCACUUGUUAUACUGGAUAUGAUGACCCUUGUGAAUGUUGCGCUCCUCCCUCUGCUUUGCAUCCUUUUUUCAUACAUCAGGAUUUUGAUCAUAUCCUAUCGAAGUUCUACAGAAGUCAAGAAAAAAGCUUCACGGACCUGUAUACCUCAUCUGUUAGUUCUAAUCAGUUUUUCAUGUUUCGGUGCAUAUGAUGUCAUUACAGUUGUGGUUGAAUCGGAUAUUUCAAAGAUUGUGCAUUUAGCAGUAACUUUACAGAUGGUUGUAUUCCAGCCUCUAUUCAAUCCAAUUAUUUAUGGUCUGAAAAUGAAAGAAAUUUAUAAACAUCUCAAGAGGCUGGCUGGCCUGUAG